AUGUUUGGUUCUUCUUCACCCGCCGCCUGAAAACAACCAACAACAACAACAAAGGACUCCGACUCACUCACAAACCUUAUAACUCAUAACUCUAACUAUAACCAUACUCUUUCUUUCUCUUUUUUUUUUUCAUGCACAUUGCUUCUCAUUCAUUCACAUUCUCAAUACCCAGGUUAAGCAGCAGAAGAGGAUUUUUUUUUUUUUGGAGUAAAUUGAAGAAAAGAUGAAGUAUGUUUUAGUGACAGGUGGAGUUGUUAGUGGACUUGGAAAAGGAGUUACUGCUAGCAGCAUUGGAGUACUCCUUCAGGCUUGUGGCUUUCGAGUUACCUCUAUCAAAAUUGACCCCUAUCUGAACACGGAUGCAGGGACAAUGUCUCCUUUUGAGCAUGGUGAAGUUUUUGUCUUAGAUGAUGGUGGUGAGGUUGACCUUGACCUUGGAAACUAUGAACGUUUCUUGGACACCAAAUUAACCCGUGACAACAAUAUUACAACUGGAAAAAUUUAUCAGUCUGUUGUUGAGAAGGAAAGAAGAGGAGACUAUCUUGGCAAAACUGUCCAGGUUGUUCCACACAUUACUGAUGCCAUCCAAGAGUGGAUAGAACGUGUAGCACAGAUACCAGUGGAUGGAAAAGAAGGCCCUGCUGAUGUUUGUGUCAUUGAAUUGGGUGGAACUAUAGGCGACAUUGAAUCAAUGCCUUUUAUUGAAGCACUUGGCCAAUUUUCAUACCGUGUAGGCCCUAGCAACUUCUGUUUGGUUCAUGUGAGCCUUGUGCCUGUUCUCAGCGUUGUUGGUGAACAGAAAACCAAACCAACCCAGCACAGUGUUCGUCAACUUAGAGGGUUAGGGUUGGUCCCAAAUCUUCUUGCUUGUCGCAGUUCAAAGGAACUUGAUGAUAAUGUUAAGGGAAAACUUGCUCAAUUUUGUCAUGUGCCGUUAUCAAACAUACUCACUCUCUGUGAUGUUCCAAAUAUUUGGCACAUUCCUUUGCUCUUGCGAGACCAGAAGGCACAUGAGGCAAUCCUGAAAACAUUAAAUCUUCAAGGUGUUGCUACGGAGCCUAAUUUUACAGAGUGGAUCACUAGAACAAAAGUUUACGACACAUUUCAUGAAUCUGUUAGAAUUGCAAUGGUGGGCAAAUACACAGGACUUUCAGAUGCAUAUCUUUCUGUACUGAAGGCACUUAUGCACGCUUCUGUUGCUUACAACCGCAAGCUCAUAGUGGAUUGGGUUCGUGCUGAAGAUCUUGAAGAUGAUACGUUCAAAGGGAAUCCUGAUGCAUAUAAAACUGCUUGGAGUCUUUUAGAGGGUGCUAAUGGAAUUCUAGUUCCAGGAGGUUUUGGUGAUAGAGGAGUGAAAGGGAAAACUCUCGCUGCGAAGUAUGCUCGAGAAAACAGUGUUCCAUAUCUCGGCAUUUGCUUGGGGAUGCAAAUUGCUGUCAUUGAAUUUGCAAGAUCUGUUCUAGGUCUCCCUAAUGCUAAUAGCACGGAGUUUGAUCCUGAAACUGGAAACCCCUGUGUCAUAUUUAUGCCAGAGGGUUCAAAGACUCAUAUGGGGGGAACUAUGCGUCUUGGUUCAAGGAGAACUUACUUCCAAGUUGCUGACUCCAAAUCAGCCAAAUUGUAUGGCAAUGCAAGCUUUAUUGAUGAGCGACAUCGUCAUAGAUAUGAGGUUAAUCCUGACAUGAUAUCACACCUUGAGACUGCUGGUCUAUCUUUUGUUGGCAAAGACGAAACUGGGAGGCGUAUGGAGAUAGUUGAAAUACCCGGUCAUCCUUUCUUUAUUGGUGCUCAGUUUCACCCAGAGUUUAAGUCAAGACCAGGGAAACCUUCUCCACUAUUCUCAGGAUUAAUAGAAGCAGCAUGUGAGAGGAGGCUUUUGUCAAAAAGCAAAGGAAAUGCAAACGCAACCAAUGGAAUAGCGUCGAAAGCGCAGAAUGGAAAUGGGUUAAAAUCUUCCAAUGGUUCCUUGAAUGGCAAUGGCAUUUAUGUUGAUGGGGGAGUUUAGUAAUUUUGGUUUUGUCCAAACACAUUUGUUGUGUUUGGUUAGCUUGUACAGUUUGAAUGGUUGGUUAGAUAAGUUUGAGCUCUAUCUAUAUAUAUAUAGCUUUUGUUUCCAGCAUGAAGCAAAUUUUGGAUGUAACUGCUUUUGCUGUCAAAGCAUAUAUAGGGGCUAAAGCUUAAGGAUAAAAUCUUUGUUUUGUUUUUCAGAAUGGAUUAAAAUAAAAUAGUAGUGGUUUUUUCCUUGUAAUGAAUAAUGUGAUGAGUUUUGAAAACAAUUUCUCCUUACUUUACAGGGGAAAAACCACUUUCAUUUUCUUCA